CAGAUUUUUGCGAAGCAGCUUUGCUUGAAUUUUAUCAAGCAAUGUGUCUUUUUAAAAAUAUUCUCGCAUGUCUGGGUCAAUUAUGUUUUUCAAUUUAAUCGAAGAAAAGCAGAACAAUCAGAUUUAGGUGGUGUGUAAAAGGGUUUUGAAGUUUAGGCAUCUUGGAGUCUUCUGUCCUCUCGCUUACAACUUUGUCAUGAUCCUUCUUCUACUUGAUAUUUCUAAUUUACUGUAUGUAGUUUUUAUUCAAAUCAGUUUUGGAUGAGCUAUAAGUUUCCCUUGCAUCUUUUCUGUAUAUGCUGAGCUAAGUUUUUCUAGUAGAAUAUGUUAACAGUUUUAUGUUACUAUAAUGAUGCUCGUUAUUUAAGGGUCGCUCCGGGACCUACCUUCAAAAAUUGCUAUGAUGAUGCUUACUAUUUCAAGGUCAGUUGGGAACCUAUCUUCAAAAAGAAAGUCAGAAGAAGUACGGGUCUUUGCAUCAAACGUGGAUGGAUGGAAGAUAUCAAACAAGGCAAGGUUUUGGAAAAGUAUUGAUAUUAAGAGCACAUAUUUCAUUGAAGUGGAUAUCUUUAAAUCGAUUGGAGCUCUCCUAAAUACAUCAAUUCGAGGUGUAUUGAACUCUGGCAAUAUUUAUAUAAUGCCUGGAAGUCGUAUUGAGGCACAAUUUACGAAAUUUAUUAUUCGAGGCAAUAAUAGCUAUUUUGAAGAUUGCUUAGAUUUUAAAAAUAUGCUAGCAGAUUUUAAUGGAAAGUGUGGAAUUCGUGAUGUUGCAAAAUUUGAAUUUGAUGAUUUCUUUAGUUUGUUGAUGAAUCCUACUCCAUCAAUACAGCGUCAUAGUAUGGAUGUGUUGGAGCAUCCCAUAUUUUGGCCAGAGCAACUUAGAAUUGCUUUUAUUAAAGCUUUGGAUGAUUUUCUGGUGGCCAAUCAAGCUAUCAACACUAAUAUCCAAGCUUUUGAUGGAGGAAUAAGCAUGUUGAGUGGGAAUCUUGCUGUGAAUGAAUUGUUAAAAAUUCAUCAGCGGUACAUUGUAAAUAACCAAAUUCGAAGCUUGUACUUACAAUAUUUACCUAACAGAUUUCAGAAUGUACCUAAUUCAGAUAUGACGAGAUUAUGCAUCGAAACUUUGAAAAAUCUAUAUACACAUUUCUUAACUAUGAAACAACCUUAUAUACAGCUCCAAAAUGAUGAAGAUCUUCAGCAUGCUGUUCAAGAGGUUUUUCCGAUGCAUCUUUGCAUAUUAGUUCCGUUUGCACGACAGAUAAACUUUCCAUAUCAAAUUGGAGAAAUUUUAAAUUAUUUGUAUUCUUAA